GGGGUUGGAAUAAAUUAAUUCUACGAAAUAGACAUCAAUGAGUCGCAAAUCGGGAUCACUAGUUUCAAAAACUACAGCAGAAAUCAUCAAAGAAGAUGGCACAUACAUUGGGGAAAUUGAUAAAGAAAAUAAAAGUAUUCCUCAUGGAGAGGGCAAACUACAACAUCGGUACGGCAAAGGCUAUUACGCUCGAAAAUUUAAGAAUGGGUAUAAGGAUGGAAAAGGAUAUUUCAAAUGGAAUAAUGGAGAUACUUUUAGUGGAACUUGGAAAGGAGGAAGAAUUUAUGGAUACGGAGAAACUUCAGACAUGAUAAAAAGGAAGGCACAGGAACUUACACUUGGAAAAACAAGUGCUCUUACACAGGAGAAUUCAAAGAUGAUAAAAUGCAUGAAAGGCACCUUCUCAUGGCCUGACGGUGACAAGUAUGAAGGAUUGUGGGAAAAGGAUGAAAUGCAUGGCAAAGGAGUCCUUAUUUAUAAAGACAAAAGCAGACCAGAUGAGGAACAAGAAUACUGCCAUGGAAAGCUAGUUCAAAAGUAGAUGGUUAAGCCUUG